GAGAGUCGUGCGUGGGUGUGUGUGUUGUCUUCGCCAGAGAUCCUCCAUGACGGGCCUCCCCAUCAUCCCCAGCCACGGCUAGUGUUGGGGUGACCGCGGGAUUUGUGGGGGCCGCUUUGGGCGGUUCGGGGGUCCCCUCGGGCACGGGUCCGCCGCCGAGCCUGCCCCUGCGCAUGCACGGUGCCAUCCGGCGGUUCAAGGAGAUGGGCUCGAGCAGCGUGAAUCUGGCGGCGGCGACGGCGGAAGAGGGCGGCGUGACGCCGGCGGCGCGGCGGCGCCGCUGCUCCUCCGCCGCCCAGCACAGGCCCAGCGUGGGCUAUCGGCUGGGGCGGCGGAAAGCCCUGUUCGAGAAGAGGCGGAGGGUCAGUGACUAUGCCCUCAUUAUGGCCAUCUUCGGAAUCGCGGUCAUGGUGGCAGAGACUGAAUUCUCAGCAGCUGGGAUAUAUGGAAAGGCAUCAGUGUUUUCCAUCGCCCUGAAAACUGUUAUAUCUGUCUCAACUGGAUUCCUGCUUGCUCUUGUACUAACCUACCAUGCCCUAGAGAUACAGCUCUUCAUGAUCGACAACGGCGCGGAGGACUGGCGCAUCGCCAUGACAUGGCGUCGCAUCUCCAACAUCCUGCUGGAGGUGGUGAUCUGUUCGAUUCACCCCCCUCCCGGCGAGUUCUACUUCCUGUGGGUGACCAAGCUGCCGAACCACGGCAACCGGAUAACCUCUCGUCUGGUGCCUGUGGACGUGAUGCUCUCGCUGCCCAUGUUCCUGCGCUUGUACCUGAUCUGCCGGGUGAUGCUGCUGCACAGCAAGUUGUUCACGGAUGCCUCUUCUCGCUCGAUCGGAGCCCUGAACCGGAUCGAUUUCAAUACGCGGUUCGUGCUGAAGACGCUCAUGACAAUCUGCCCCGGGACGGUCUUGCUCGUCUUCAUGGUCUCGCUCUGGAUCAUUGCCAGCUGGACGCUCAGGCUCUGCGAAAGGUAUCAUGAUCCGGAGCAUGCAAAUUUGCUCAAUACAAUGUGGCUUACGGCCAUAACGUUUCUUUCCGUUGGUUAUGGUGAUAUUGUACCAAAUACCUACUGUGGCAGAGGCAUUUCAGUCAGUACAGGCCUUAUGGGAGCGGGUUGCACUGCCUUGGUGGUAGCUGUCAUAGCGAGAAAACUGGAGCUCACGAGAGCUGAAAAACAUGUUCACAACUUCAUGAUGGACACGCAGCUAACAAAAAGACUAAAAAAUGCAGCGGCAAGUGUUCUGAGAGAGACGUGGCUGAUUUACAAGCACACGAAACUCGCUAAGCACGUCUGCCCUGGGAGAGUUCGUCUGCAUCAGAGGAAAUUCCUUAUGGCCAUAUACACAUUAAGAAAAGUAAAGCUUGAGCAAAGAAAGCUGAUGGAUAAUGCGAAUACCAUAUCAGACAUGGCAAAGACAUCCAACAGCAUCUACGAAGUGGUGAACGAGCUCAGUCAACGCCAGUUAUCGCUUGAAGAUCGGUUAGCCACCGCAACAGAAAGGCUCAUCGCUAUCCAAGAGACUCUGGACGCGUUGCCUGACAUCAUCAUGUGCAGGCUGCAAGCUUGCCGAAAGCCAUCCUACCACCAACCUGGAACUGGUCCUUCUUGGACCAGCAUAUCAUCCGUCAAUCUGCCUGCCUCACAAAGACGAAGCUGUACACUAGGACUACCACCAACGAUAGUCCCACGCUCCGGUUCGGCUAAUAACUAACUUUUAUCUGAACUCGAAAAAACUUUGGAGGAAUGCAGAUUUGCUUAGCUGUUUAUUCUCUUGUGCCCUGAUAUGCAGAGUCGAAGAACGAGCUUCACGACUUACAUUAAUCUGACUUGCCUUUAAUGAUUAAGAAGUUAUUAAUUCGAGUGUUCAUCAGGCUUCGUUGAAGCGUGUCAAGGAAGGCUGAGUAUAUAAGUCAUGCAAAUCUUUCGAAAAAUCAAAUGAGGCAAUUUUUCUUCAUUAUGCUUUAAAAAAAUCAUCAACAUCGUACGUGAAAACUUUAUAAUUUGUACUUUAC